UUUUGAGAAAAUGCUAAAUCUUUUUUGGUCAAUGGUCAAACUUGGGAAUGGACUAAAGUUGAACUUUCAGGCAAUAUAUGAACUUAAGUUUCAAUUUUCCAAUAACAACAGCGGUUCUCCGAUCAAGAGUCGCCGGCGGUAUCCGUUUGCCGCCGUAUGCCUGUGCAAGAUGACUAGCUGCGAUGUCAUAGGCGGUUGUUCCAGCGACUACGUUGCUCUUUCCGUUUCUAUCAUCUCUUUCGUCUCCCUAUUUUUGAGGUCGACUUUACCCUUUAUAAUUCACAAGGUUCCUCGACCUAAAGGAAGUAGUUUUUGGCUCCCAACUAUUCAGAUCAUAGCUAGCUUCAAUCUUUUGCUGUCACUUGCAAUGGCUCUUAAUAUUGUGAGGUUUCAUAGGACGCAUUGGUGGCAAUCCUGCUAUCUCUGGGGAGUUUGGAUUCAUGUUCCACUAGGAUUUGGAUUGUUAUUGAGCUGUCGACUUAUCCAAGUAACUCACCUGUAUUCCGUAUUUGUCAAGAGGCGUCUCUUUCCUAUAAGAUCAUAUAUCAGUCUUCCACUUGCUCUUCUUCCCUGGAUUUGCUGGGCUGCAUUGCUUCAAAUAAAGCAGCCUCUAAGUAACCACUGCCACAUGGGGAUUCAAUGGGCUAUUCCACAUAUUUGCCUUCCUGUGUUGUAUAUUUCUGCUUUGGUUGCUAUUACUGCAGCCAUUCAUCAUAUUGAGUUCAAAUUUGAUGAGCUUAAGGAUCUCUGGCGUGCAAUACUCGUAACUGUGUUUUCUAUCAGUGUAUGGGUGGUUGCUUAUGUUUUGAAUGAGACACAUGAGGAGAUCAUGUGGCUUCAAGUCACCACCAGAUGCGUGCUUUUAGUUGUGGCAAGUAUUCUUGUGGUGGCUUUCUUCUCUAUUUCAUUCUCUCAACCUCUGGUGUCGGUUAUGAGCUUAAACAAGAAAGAUAGCUUUGGAGUAAAGAGUAUGGGCCAGGCUCUUGGAAUACCAGAUAGUGGGCUUUUGUCACAAAAUGAUCCAACUCUAGAUGUCGAUCCUAAUCAACCUUUGGAUAAACUUCUUCUCAACAAAAGAUUCCGUUUAUCCUUCAUGGAAUUCGCUGACAGUUGUUUGGCAGGGGAAAGUCUGCAUUUUUAUGAUGAAGUACAACAGCUUGAAAAAAUACCAGUAAAUGAUCCAGUUAAAAGAAUUUACAUGGCACGUCACAUUAUUGAGAAAUAUAUAAACACAGGUGCAAACAUGGAGGUAAAUAUAUCUCACAGAACCCGGCAAGAAAUUCUCACAACUCUUGAUAUUGCACACCCGGAUCUCUUCAAAAACGCACUCAAUGAGUUGCUUCAGUUGAUAAACAUGAACUUAGCAAAAGAUUAUUGGUCAUCGAUGUUCUUCUUAAAAUUCAAAGAAGAAGCGGCUAUGAGAAAUGUAGACCAUGAACUUGAACAAGUUAACGGUUGGGAUUUUUCUCCAAGAUUAAGCUCUGUCCAUUGUCCCGAUGACCCUUUCUAUCAAGACCACAUGUCAAGGGAUCCCACUACUACCCACUACCACUAAGGUGUUUUAUAAUACUGUAAUUACCUAAAUGCCCUUGUCUCCAUCUACUAAGAUACAUAGUACCAUCAAUCCCUUAGGCAGGCAGCUAGGGUAUGUUGGGAGAUUGACCUUAGGGUGUCAUUUUGUGCCAUAUUAUUUGUACAAAUUUUGGUGAGGAUCACUAGUACUAGAUUAGUGCCAUUUUGUACUACAAUUAUUUGUAUAGUUCAAUGAAUCACAAAAACAUAAAAAAAUCAUACUACAUUUGUUUGUGGGUCC